AUGUCGGGAAGACGGUUUGAGCAACUUCUAAAUAGUUUUAGCGUUGAAUAUGCAGAUAAAAUAGUAUCAGCUGAUGGUCCAAUGAAAAAACUUGAGCCGAUGUACACAAUGUUGAUUGAUAAUUUUCAAAAUGCUUUUUACCCACGUAUCGAACUCUCGUUAGACGAGUCUCUGCUUCUCCACCGUGGAAGGUUAGGUUUUCGUCAGUACAUAAAAGGGAAAAAAGCGAAAUACGGCAUAAAAUUUGAUGAGCUUUGUUGUCCAGAUGGUUAUAUUUUAAAUAUAGAAAUGUACAAGGGAAAACAAUUCUCAAGUGCGGCGCUAACGUCAAAAAUUGACAAUUUAGUACUACGGCUUAUAGCUCCAUAUUUAAAUAAAGGUCAUCAUUUAUUUAUGGAUAAUUACUAUAAUAGUGUCAACCUUUCGAAUUUACUCCUAAAACACAAAACCCACACUACUGGCACAUUACGAAGUAACCGAAGGGGCAAUCCAAAAUGUGUUGUUCAAAAAAAAUUGAAACCAGGUGAUCAUAUUUGGAAACGUCAAAAUUCGGUUUAUAUCUCUAAAUGGAAGGACAAGAGGGAUGUCCUAUGCAUAACAACCAAUUAA